CCGGUGGUUUUGGUGUAUCCAGGAUUGAGUGGGACAAACUUCUGGAGAAUGUGCAUUGUUUGAUCAUAAGUGUGACAAAAACUGACAAGCAGGAAGCUUAUGUACUCAGUGAGAGUAGCAUGUUUGUCUCCAAGAGACGUUUCAUUUUGAAGACGUGUGGUACCACCCUCUUACUGCAAGCACUGGUUCCCCUGUUGGAGCUUGCUAGGGAGUACAGUGGGUUUGACUCAAUUCAGAGCUUCUUUUAUUCACGUAAGAAUUUCAUGAAGCCUUCCCACCAGGAGUACCCACAUAGGAAUUUCCAGGAAGAAGUAGAGUUCCUUAAUGAAAUUUUCCCAAAUGGAGCAGCUUAUUGCAUGGGGCGUAUGAAUUCUGAUUGCUGGUACCUGUACACCCUGGAUUUCCCAGAGAGUCGGAUAUCCAAUCAGCCUGAUCAGACACUGGAAAUUCUGAUGAGUGAGCUUGACCCAGUAGUUAUGGACCAGUUCUACAUGAAAGACGGUGUUACUGCAAAUGAUGUCACUCGUAUGAGUGGAAUUCGUGACCUGAUACCAGGUUCUGUUAUUGAUGCUACAAUGUUCAAUCCUUGUGGGUAUUCAAUGAAUGGGAUGAAAUCGGAUGGAACUUACUGGACUAUUCACAUCACUCCAGAACCAGAGUUUUCUUACGUUAGUUUUGAAACAAACAUAAGUCAGACCUCUUAUGAUGACCUGAUUAGAAAAGUUGUAGAGGUUUUCAAGCCAGGAAAAUUUGUGACAACCCUCUUUGUUAAUCAGAGCUCUAAAUGUCGUACAGUGUUUUCUUCUGCCCAGAAGAUUGAGGGGUUUAAACGUCUUGAUCACCAGAUUGCCCAAUUCAGUGAUUAUAAUUUUGUUUUUACCAGUUUUACAAAAAAUCGCCAGCAACAGCACAGUUGAUUAAGAAUGAAGAAAAAGCGCAAAAAGAAAUCCCAUAUAGAAGGUGGUGGUUGCUUUCUAGUUAAUGAUUCAGGGGGCCAUGCUUUCCACUCCCACCACCUUGUAGUUGUGGAAAGCCCUAGGUGUAAUCAUAGUAUAACCAUUUUGAAUUGUAUGCAUUAUUAUAUCAAGGAGUUAGAUAUCUUGCAUGAAUGCUCUCUUCUGUGUUUAGGUACUCUAUGCCACUCUUGCUGUGAAAUUGAAGUGCAUGUAGAAAAAUCUUACUGUAUGAAACUUUCCAACACUUGUAAAAAUGAUUCAGGUAGAAUUACACACAGUAUAGUUUUUCUCCAGGUAUCACCAAAAAUUCCCCACAGACAAGGCUUUCGUCCUCACUAGACUUUAGCCUCAACCUACUCACUGGGGACAGUUCUCUGUUAAAUUGUCACUCUGUGUUGUGAUUUCAGUCUAAAACAGUUUUUGACAAACUUUUAUGAUUUCUAAUGAAACUGAUUCCUAAUUAACACUUUCAUGUUUGGAGAAAGUUCUUAAAACAGUUACAAAUUGUUUUGCUACUACAGGUGGUGGUUGAUUUGUUUUUAAAUCAGACUGAUGUUUCAUGCUCUAAUAAAGCUUAUAGGAAUUUGCUCAGCUAUACUGUAGCAGUGGGCUAAUGCAUUGGUCUUUCACCUUUAGGAACUUGGGUAUAGGUACUAAUGCAGGUUAAAUUUCAUCUUACCUUAAUGCUCAUUUAUCUGUCCACAUUCCCAAGCUGUCACACUGCUACAUGAUGGCAGAAUUUGAAGAAGGUCCAAGUCUUGACAGGGGAAGAGCUGAGUCAGGAUGAAAAUGCUUUGCCAUGGUUGUGUGGCAGCUUUGCAGAGUGCUAGUUCAUAAUGGCACCAGACAUUCUCUUUCCUAAUCACCAGUUAUGUCAGACUAAGAAGCUGGUGCUCUUGAGCCCUGGCAGGUAGAUCCAGUGAAGGAGUGGAAUUUGCCAGUCUGGGUGUGUUGAUUGGUUUGGAUUAUUCUCAGUAAAACCUGUGAUCUACCACUUCUAACUGUAAAGAGUGCUUCUAAACUGGUCCAGUGUCAAUUCAUUUUGUUGUUCUGAGCAAAGCUAAUGCCUCUAUCUUGUGACAGUCCUGUGACAUUGUUGUGCAUGUGACUUCUGUUGUAUUUGAGUGUUGUGACUUCAUCUGUUUUUUCCUCCUAAUUACUUAAGGUGGUUCCUCUUACUGUGACUUGAGGGCAUUAAGUGAAGGCAUAGAACAAGAACUGUCUGGGACACCUGGACAGAAGUGAAGUAGAAUGCUAUUCAUAGGGCAUGAAUAAGUGUGUAAUUCAAAGUCACUUUAAUGGGUAUUGACUAAAAUGCAGGCUUUAAAGAGCUGGCACAUGUUCAGCUAUGUUUGCAAAUACUGGGAUUUUAACAGCUGUGAGACCAGCAUAUUAACUCUGAAAUUGAGAUUUUUUUUUUUUCCCCUCUUGUCCUUGCAGUGUUUUGACUCUGGUUUGACACAGUGUUUUUUUGUUCCUUCUGUAUUUAUAAAUGAAGCACUUUUUCAGUGCUUCUAAACUAAAGUCUGCUUGGUUAGAAAUCAAGUGGUUGGAACAUUUUUUAAUUUUAAGCAUAUUGUUGAUGUUCUUUACCAAUGUUAUCAAUUACAUGCUGUAAAUGGCACUAAUGCUUUUUGGUGUUAAUACUGAGGACCAAUAUUUCAGUGGUUUUUUGUUCUUGAACGUUGUCCCAACUGACUUGACAUUUGUUGGCUUGAGGUCCUUUAAGUAGACUGAAGAUCCCUUUUCAAGUAAUACUGAAAUACACAAUUUACAAAUAGAAGCUUAAGCCUUGGCUAUAAAAAUGAAAGCUGUUGAAUGGAUUACUGAACUAUCUAGGGUGAUCAGGAUGGGGGGAGUAUGGUGUUUAUAAUUUCUGUGGUGUUAGACUUUGAUCAUUUAAAAAUAUCUGUACCACAACUUAAUGCUUCAAUAAAAGUUCGCUUAAAUUGUUUGUAGUGAUGAUCCAGCAAUUCUACCCUUCAUGCUCUUCAUGCUUUUUGAUACCAAUGGUUUAAUUCUGAAAGAUUUGUUUCUUGUCCUAAAUUACCUUACUUUGCCCUUGUAGGGGGUGCAUCUCAAAUGUUAACAUGCUGGUAGUUUAAUAUGAGAUGGCAUGUCAAAGGAAGCCAAAUGAAAAUGUUAUGCUGUUCUUAAGGCUACACAUUUGUCUAAAUGAACAUACACAGCUUUGAGAUUUGCUGUCUUCCUCUAACCUGUCUUUUUUUCCUUCAGCACUAAGUAUUUUAAAUAUUCCUCUGAAUUAAGACAACUUUCAGGUUUUACAUAACAAACCCUGGCAUACAUUUAUGGUACUUAAGCUUAGACUGACUUUGAGAGUUCAAGGUGAAGUUUGUCUCAAGAUAAAGUAGGCAUGUACUUAAUCUGGAUGGUAAGCUAGAUCAGAAGCUAGUGGCUAGGAAUGUCACUGCUAAGCAGAUGCAGUGAACAUAAACUUCCUUAGUUCUAUGUGAUCAGUCCUACAGGAACAGCAGCUGCAGUUGAACUGUAACUGUGAAGCUCUAACAGUGCUGACAUCCCACAAAGUCACCUAAGUAGGGAAAACUUGUGUUAGUGUUGAAGACAUAAUACAUUUAAAUUGUUCAUGUCUCAAUACAGGUUUCAUUAGUCACCCAGAACCUAUUCUGUCAUGCUAUACUUCUCGAAUUGUGCUUUGGGUAUUAAAUAGUAACUUGUCCUAGUUAUUUCAAGUACUUGACUUGGGCAUUUUCAACAAUGUCAGUCUUCUAUGAAAAGAAGAAAUUCCAAGAGAUUUUGUCUGACGGUCUCAGCUAUGACAAGUUAGCAGUAACCUACCUCUGAAGAACUGCUUUCUAGACUUGCCUCCAAAAAACUGAAGAUUCAUUGUAAUUUUUUGUUGUAUUUUAACUGGCUUUGAAGUUGGCAGGUUUCCUGUAAAAUUACUUGUCAUCUUCUCACUUUUCACCUCAGGAGUGUUCUUAAUAAUACUUUUCACUAGCCUUUCUCUCUUAAAUGGUGCUGAUAACUGCAGGAGAAUAUGGUAUCUACAUAGUUCUAUCCAUUAUAGCAGCACAAAUUCAAAGCUUGCUGUAGUCAUUAGCUGUGUUAGAUGCUUGUAUUUCUUGUAAACCAGGGGAGGAAACAGAACUGGCUGCAAGUCCACAUGGCCACUUAAUUUCUGUGAAUAAAUCAGUGAAAUAACCACUGUAAAGGGGUAGGAAAGGCUUUCUGUAGAUAUCUACUGUCAGAUGAAUCCCAUCCUGUCUUGUGGGUUUGUGGUCCAAUUUAACAGUCCCUAACUUGAUGCCAACUCUGCUACAGUGAGCACAUCUAUUCCACUAACUACUACUAUGAACAGAGACCUGUGUGGUCUGAGAGGAGGCUGCCUUAGUGAAGACUGAGGUUCAGGAGGUAUAUCAGUUUGUUUUCUGGUCUUAGGUCACCUGCUUGAUUCAUCAGUUUUAAGUGACCUUGGCUGGUUUAGUUUUGUCUCUGUGCCUAGUAAAUGCUUUCUAUUUCCCCUUGGUAGCCUGUCCUUCCUUCUGUUUCUUGUGGACUUUUUCUGUAUUUGAGCUUAGUCUGGAGUGGUGAGUGCUGGGGUCACAGUUCUUUCAGAAAAAGGAGAGGAGUUCAAAGCUCUAUAAGCUAAUUGAAAGUCUGAGGAAGGAAGAUAAUGUUCGUAGUUGCAAAGCUGGAGGGUCUCAUUUUAGACUCUGUGGGGAUGGGCAGACUGUAGCUAGCAUGAUUAGUGCAGGCAAGAGGGCAAGGUGGUUUGUGUCUGGACCCCCCUAUGUAGGUUCAACACAGGGUAGAAAUAGAGCUGCUGGCACCAGUGCUGGUGUUCAAGCCAUUUGAGUAGGCCUUAAAAGCCACCGAGUUCCAGCCCUAGGACUCUGCCCUAAUAUACUGAUGCUAAAGAUGAAUCUGCUGGCACUGGGAUCUGAGUGCAGGAUUAUUCUAGGAACAGGUACUGGCUGGCUGUCUCACUGCUGCUUUGGUGGUGCAGGAUUACAUGCUGGCAGAGGAGUCUUGAUGCUUCUCAACUGGAGUGGUAUAAACUCAAGUUUCCCUAGUGAUAGUCCUAAAAGCAACUCCACUAAUAAGGCUUGGAAACAAUGCUGAGGAUGUGUUCCAGAAGUGUGGAGUACUCCCUCCCAAGCUGUACAGCCAAAACUGAGUUAGAGGUGGAAAAAAUUUGCUUCCAAACACAUGAUGGUAAAUCUGAAGCCUGUUGAAAUGUUAAAGUAGAGCCUGUGGCCAAAAGCUAGAAAGAGCAGGUCCUUCAGUGCUGACCUGUUAAGCACCCAUGCAACUACAGUAAUGACAAUUCAGUAUAAAAUGUAAUGAACAACUGAGGAACUGUGCUGACUCAGCUACCUGGAGCUAAGCGAACAGGAUUCACAUGUAAAGGAAUGCAGACAAUUACCUCAAUGUUCUUAAAUACAUGUAAGUAAAAAAUACUCCAACUUCAAAUGCUUGCAUAGCUGUGCUGUGAAUGUACCUACAGCCCAGGACUUGGAAGAGAGUGCUCUCAUUAGAGAGCUGCUGAGACAGGCAUUUCCUGACAAUUUGUUCCAUUUGACUUUCAGUUACACAGUUAACUUCAGGUUAAGUUACACUUUCACUUCAUCCUGCUUCAUUUCAUGCUGUGGUAUUACUGGUGGUGUAGUCCAUGGGGUAUUCUGCAUACUGCUUAUGGUUCAGACAGGCCUCUGCUUUUUGGGGGAGAUUGGACUAGGGGAAAAAUUGCUUAUAGUAUUUGCUGUUGGUGUACUUCAUACCCACAAGCACUGCUGAAAACAAGGUUUAGCCAAAUUUCAAGUUAACCUCAAUUUUUUUCUAUUUCUUGUUAUACAUAGUACUUACAAUACCAGAGCUGCUGUUAUGUUAAAUAAAAUUAAAAUGAAGCAGGCCCUAGAGAGUUGCUUCUGCAGCUGCCUGACAGUCAUAUCUUGAUACAAAUUUUACAUUAUCUGUAAUAUGCUUAGUUCUGCCUUGGGUAACUGCUAUUAAUUUUAAAUAUAUGCAUACAAGUACAAUAUGUGAAAUCACAUUUCAGAACAAAUUCAGACACAUGAAUACCAUAAUCUCAUCAUUUUUCAUUCCUGGAUUAGCCAGAACAUGAAACCACAAUUCUGCUAUUACUUCGUUCCCAAUGUGCAUGCUUUACCUAAUCCCUAACUUUAAAUGAUGUAAUUUAUAGCAUUGCUGUUAUCUUCCCCACAUUCUUUUUCUAGAUUGAGGAUUAUAUUGAUUGUGUCAGUUCUAAAUUUGUUUUAAUACUUCAAAAUAUGCCAAGGCAUCUGCCCAUCUGAAGACAUGCACUAGAACUGUUUAAGUCUGGAAUGAGUCAGUGUGCCAGUACAAGGUUCCUGGUGCUCAGUGCAAACCCAG